CACACACAAAAAAAAAACCUAGUUUGCGGGCUGGCCCGGGUCCAACGACGUCGCUCGGCCCGGUCGAUGUGUUCUGUUCGGCCUCAGCUUGGGGUCUUUCUCGUCCGAUUGCUCCGAGUUCCCGCCGCCGGCUAGGAGGACUAGGAUGGAGCCGCCAACCCCACCCGCCGCGCCGGACGCCGCCGCCGGAGCCGGGGCAGAGAUGCCACCCAAGGACGAAGGCGCAGCAAUUCGCCUUCGCCGCAGCCUGUUCGGCAGCGACGAGGAGCCGGAGUCCCCCUCGUCGUCCUCCCGCGGAGACUCCGAUGCCAGAGACAGCUCCGACGACGAUUUCACGGAGGAGGGCGUGAGGGCGAGGGACGCGGUGCUGAGCGUGGCCAAGUCCGUCGUCGCCCUCGCCGCCUCCGUCGAUGGAGAUCCCUCGUCCACCUUCGCCUGCACGGGCACCGUGGUCGCUCGCGAGGGCCCUGCGGCCUGGAUCAUGACCUCUGCGACUCUCAUCAGGAAGCACGACAGCGGCACCGAGGUCCAUGAACUUUCCAGUGUGAAGAUUGAGGUGCUCCUGCCUAACAAAAAGGUUGUAAAGGGGCAGCUGCUGAUGUACGAUUUGCACUAUAAUGUCGCCAUCGUUUCUGUCGAGUGUGAAGCUGAUCUCCUGGUGGUGGUGCUCGCUGACCUCCCAGAUUCCUACUUCCUGACACCUACUCCGGUCGUUGCAGUUGCCCGGAAAUUUGAGUCUGGAAGGUUGCAGCUGAAGCGUGGGGAGACGUUCCGUGUAGUUAGCGAGUUAGAUUGUGAUGAACUUAUGGUCAGCACUUGUCAAAUGGAGCCUCAGAGGCAAAACAAGGAUAACAGCAUUCAGUAUAUUACUCUUAUUUUCAUUGGGGGUCUUCUGAUUGAUUUGGAAGGAAGAAUUGUUGGGAUGAAUUUCAUAGACGAGAAUAAAACUCCCUUUUUGCCCGUCCAGAUUGUUGGGAGAUGCCUGAAACACUUCAGAAAGUUUGGGCGAAUCAAACAACCAUUGCUUGGAAUAAGGGGCCGGGCGCUUCACAUGUUGGAGUUAAAGGACUUGGAGAAAAUAUGCCACAAGUACCAUAAGCCACCUUCUGGAAUUCUGGUGGAGAAGAUUCCUGAAGUAUCAUCUGCAAAUUGUGGAGGCAUUGAGGCUGGUGAUAUCUUUACUAAACUUGAUGGAGUUGUUUUGCACUCUCCGGCACAGCUUACAGCAAUGCUUCUAGACGCAAUGGAGGUUGCAGUGAAUAUGCAGCCAGUCGUCCUCCAGGCGACUGUCUUGAGACCCAGGGAUGGUACAACAUUUGUCGCAAACCUGAAAGUAGUGGAAUGCGCCCCUGGUGAAUGCCAUGUGUUGUUCAGAAACAGAUGGAGACUGCCGCUGCCAAAAGAGUAUUGGUGGGGCCCAAUUGAAUGGCAUGAUUACUCCGACUAAUUUUCAGCAGCCGACUCACAUUGUUUGAUAACUUUCCUUUUACGGAUGGAGUAUUACAGCAUUCUUAGCGAAAAGAGUAUUGCGCGGGCUUUGCCGUGGUACAUCAAUGGCAUGCCAGACUGAGGAUAACCUUGACAAUUUCCAAACAAGGCAUGGCAACGCGAGAAAUGCUACAACUACGCGCUGAUUCAUACCGAAUGAAGUUACGUGCUAAGCUGUGAAACCUUGAUUAGAAAUCAGGAGGGAGUGGGACCCACACUAACAAUCAGGGGAAGGGGGGAAGAGAUUGGUGGACAGGAGUUCUUAGAUGGUUUCCCUGGGAUCUUGUGCGUAAGUGUAGAAUUAUUGAUGGCAAUGCUGGUUCUCUGGCCUCUACGGUUGGUGCGGGCGCCCUAGCAUGUGCCUGGGCGACGCUGGCCGCCUCGACAUGGUGGUCUGGAAGGCUCUCCUCAGCGUCCCCUUUGUUCGCGGCUGACUGAGGUGCGGGUCGGGGACGGGGAGCGCACCGCCUUCUGGUUGGACAACGGGCGGGCGUCAACAGUGGUACCCCUAGUCGUUCGCUUCCCCGCACUCUUCUUGCACU